AGAUCUCGAUCUAAAAUCUAAACAGAGAGAGAGAGAGAGAGAGAGAGAAAGAGAGUUGUAGCAAGAUCUCUGAACUACUGCAAUGGGGGUGGAUCUGAGACAAGUGUUGGCCGGCAUACUCACUCUCACUAUGUUUCUGAUGCUUGGUCAUAUGAUCAAGCGAGACCACUUUGAUUCCGUCCAAGAAAAAUUUCCAGGGCCAACGAAGGAGGUUACCAAAGUAACAACAAUCCGCAGCCUUCAUAAAAAAGGUGACGCUGCGUCGAAAAAUGAUGUUCAAGAGCUAAAACAAUGUUGGAGUAAACCCGAAUUGGAUGAGGGACAGCAAUCAAAGGGCUAUGUCACUUUUUCAUUAACCGAAGGUCCUGAAUACCAUGUCUCCCAGAUUGCGGAUGCUGUAGUUGUGGCUAGAUAUCUUGGUGCGACUCUUGUUGUCCCAGAUAUCAGAGGGAAAAAACUAGGGGAUAAGUGGAACUUUGGGGAUAUUUAUGAUGUUGAGAAGUUCAUUGGAAGCCUGGAUGGAGUUGUCAAGGUAGUAAAAGAGCUGCCAUCUGAAAUAUCUCCAAGAAAGAUCUCGGCUGUCAAAGUGCCGAAUCGAGUUUCAGAAAACUACAUUUCGGAACAUGUUGAGAAGAUUUAUAAGAAAAGUGGCAGCAUAAGACUCGCAACUUUCUUCCCUUCAGUCAAUAUGAAAAAGUCGACCACAUCAAGUAAUGGUGAUUCAGUUCCAUGUUUGGCAAUGUUUGGAACAUUGAAGUUGCAGCCAGAAAUAAGUGAGGUGAUUGAAUCCAUGAUUGAGAGGCUAAAAACUCUGAGUCGGAAGUCCAAUGGUCAGUUCAUAGCGGUGGACUUGAGGAUUGAAAUGUUGGGGGAAAAUGGUUGUCAAGAGGCAUCUGGAAGCAAAGGCUGCUAUACUGCACAAGAUAUAGCUUUGUUUUUGAGGAAAAUUGGUUUCGAUAAGGAUGCUACCAUAUACUUAACUCAACCGAGAUGGGAUAACAGUCUUGAAGAUCUCAAGGAUUUAUUCCCAAAAACUUACACAAAGGAAAGCAUAAUGCCUGCAGAUAAGAAGGCCAAGUUCUUGAACGCAGAGAGUUCCGAAUACGAGAAAGUGAUCGACUUCUACGUAUGUAGUCAAAGCGACAUAUUCGUUCCAGCGAUCUCUGGCCUCUUCUAUUCGAAUGUUGCAGGCAAGAGGAUUGCUUUGGGGAAGAAUCAAAUACUUGUUCCAGCCACCAUUCGAGAAUCUACUGCUCCUGCUACCAAAUUCAUUUCCUCUUACAUCAAAAAGAAGAACCACUUAGCUUAUUCAUGCUUUUGCUAAGGCUCUUCACAAAGGUAAAUAAAGAUACAAUCUCUCACUUGCGUGCACGUCCAGCUUCGUGGCUGCCUAAUUGUAUUGCAUAUGUUUUCACUUUGCUUUUAAUGCCUCCUACUAAACAGAAGAUAUUUGUUAGAAGUAUUUUUGAACGAUUUAGAUGUCAAUUAUUGUUUGAUAAAGGCUUCUAUUUAAAGUAAUGAGAUUGAGAAACUUAUGCAUUUC